AUGUCUGGUCCCGGUGUUGGUUUCGAGUACCCACCUCUUGAGGUCAAGUGGCUGCAGCGCGAUGUCCUGCUUUUCGCCAACACCAUCGGCGCUACCGCUGAUGAGCUUCACUUCCUCUACGAGUUCCAUCCCAAUUUUGCCGUAUUCCCUACCUACCCGGUCAUCCUUCCCUUCAAGAAGGACUCUCAAGAAGUAGUCGACUACUACAAGGCCAGCAAAGCCGUUCAGAUUCCUGAUAUCCCCAAACUCGACUACACGCGCGUUGUCGACGGCCAGCGCAAGAUCGAAUUCCUGAAGCCCCUCCCAACUACGUCUGACGGCCGCAAAUUUGAAGCCCGCCAGAAGGUCAUCGGCGUCUACGACAAGGGCCGCCCGGGCACAGUUCUCGAGACCCAGACUGACCUUGUCGACACUGAGUCCGGCGAGGUGUACGCCCGCGUUAUCGGCAGUGGCUUCUUCAUCGGCCAGGGCAAUUGGGGUGGUCCAAAGGGUCCUGCUACGCAAAACUAUCCUCCGCCAAAAGAUACGGCCCCUGAUGCCACGAUGGAGGUUCAAACCACCGCCGAGACGGCGAUGCUAUACAGGUUGAAUGGUGACUACAACCCGCUCCAUGCUGAUCCUGAGCCCGGGAAGAAGAUGGGCUUCGGGGGUACAAUUAUACACGGGCUGUAUUCGUGGAACUCAACAGCUCAUGCACUGUUGAAGAAGCUAGGCGGUGGUGAUCCUGCCAACAUCAAGGAGUACCAGGCGAGGUUUGCCAGUCCUGUGAGGCCGUGCGAUAAGCUGAUCACGCACGCGUGGGUUACCGGGAAGGAGCAGGGCGGGUGGUCGGAGGUGAGAUUCAUAACGCAGGUCGAGGGUGGUAAGGUUGUUCUGAGUAACGGAUUGGCUUUGAUGAAGGUUACUAGUCAGGGUAAGAGUAAGCUGUAG